UCCCUGGCCUCAGUCGUAGCUUGGCCCUGCCCUUGGCUCGCCCCUCCCUGCCCACGCUGGUGUCGCCGCGGCGCCUGGGAAGCAGCUUUCUGGACAAGGUGCACGCAGAGAAGGUGAGGCCCCUGCCAUGGCCAACGAGGCUCAGCCGCGCCCCUGCGACAUUGGCCACCGGAUGGAGUACGGGGGACAGGGCCACCAGGUCCAGGUGGAGCACAUCGGGGCGUAUGUCAGCAGGACCCCGGCCGACUUGGGCAGGGCCGUGGUCAUCAUCCAGGACAUCUUUGGCUGGCAGCUACCCAACACCCGGUACAUGGCCGACAUGAUUGCAGCCAACGGAUACACCACCAUCGUCCCGGACUUCUUUGUGGGCCAGGAGCCCUGGCACCCGACUGGGGACUGGUCCACCUUCGCCGAGUGGCUGAAGACAAGGGAUGCCCGUAAGGUGGAUAAGGAGAUGGACGCGGUCCUCCGCUACCUGAAGAAGCAGUGUGGCGCCCAGAGGAUCGGCCUCGUGGGUUUCUGCUGGGGCGGCGUGGCUGUCCACCACCUGAUGGCCACGCGGCCGGAUUUCAGGGCUGGGGUGUCCGUCUAUGGUCUUGUCAAGGACGCCGAGGACGUGUACAGCCUCAAGAACCCCACGCUGUUCAUUUUUGCUGAAAACGAUGCUGUGAUCUCUCUGGAGCAGGUCUCUUUGCUGACCCGCAAGUUGAAAGACCACUGCAAGGUUGAGUAUCAAAUUAAAACCUUUUCGGGGCAGACACAUGGGUUCGUGCACAGGAAGAGAGAAGACGUCGCCCCCGCAGACAAGCCCUACAUUGAGGAGGCGAGAAGGAAUCUCAUCGAGUGGCUGGACAAGCACCUGUAGCUGUGACCAAGCACCAGUCUUCUCUGAACAUGCCCGAAGUCACAGAAAUUCAUUUUCAUGUCACAUCAAUGAUGUCAAAAGGCAUUAAAAAAUGAUUUCCCUUGAAACCUG